UCUCGUUCCAGUUAGAGACUGCAAUGUACUUGUUCACACUAGAGAGGUUGCACUGUACUCUUUCAAGCUGGAGACUGCAAUAUACUUGUUCAUGCUACAGAGACUUCACUGUACUCGUUCAAACUAGAGACUGCAAUACACUUGUUCAUACUAAAGAAGUUACACUGUACUCGUUCAAAGUAAAGACUGCAAAUAUUGACUGCACUGUACUCGUUCACACUACAAAGACUGCAUUGAACUCGUUAACAUUACAGAGACUGCAUUGUACUCGUUCACACUACAGAGACGGCAUUGUACUCGUUCACACUACAGAGACUGCAUUGUAUUCGUUCACACUACACAGACUUCACUAUAUUCAUUCACACUACAGAGACUGCAUUGUACUCGUUCACACUACAGAGAUUACACUUAACUCGUUCACACUACAGAGACUGCAUUGUGCUCGUUGUACUCGUUCGCACUACAGAGACUGCAUUGUACUCGUUCACACUGCAGUGACUGCAUUGUACUCGUUCACACUGUAGUGACUGCAUUUCACUCGUUCACAUUACAAAGACUGCAUUGUACUCGUUUACACUACAGAGACUGCAUUGUACUCGUUCACACUACAGAGACUGCAUUGUACUCGUUCACACUACAGAGACUGCAUUGUACUCGUUCACACUAAAAACACUGCACUUUACUCGUUCACACUACAGAGACUGCAUUGUACUCGUUCACACUACAUACACUGCACUUUACUCGUUCACACUAGAAAGGUUGCACUGUACUCGUUCAAACUAGCACCGCAGAUACAAUUGAAAUCACAGGCUAUAGAUAUAAAAACCACAUGCAUUAUAUAUACAGAUACAAGGACCUCGUAUACAGUUAAAUCCGCAUAAAGUUGAAAGCACAUAAUGUUAAAAACAUAACAUAUACAGUCAAAGGCAGUGCAUAUUAAGUUGAAAGCUCCACAUAAACAGCUGAAAAGACCGCAUAUGAAGUGAAAUAAACUGCACAAUAAAAUAAAAGAAUCGAAAGUACUUCUGGAAGGACCGCACAGAAAUGAUGAAAGAACACCAUAUACAUUGUUGAGCACAUGAUAUCAUCGUAUACAUAUAAACUAUAAACACAUAUAAGUAGUCACAAUCAUAUACUUAGGCUUCCAUGGCAUACCCGCUGACUUCGAAUCACUUUUGAUGUCGGUUCGAACCUCACUCAGGGCGUGUAAUACUUCAUUUGUGGAAGCUAUUCAGCUAGCUUACGGAAGGUCGAUUGUUCUACCCAGUGCCAGCUCGUGAUGAAAUGAUGUUCCGGGAACACCAGAGGUCUUCCGCCAUUAUCAAACUUGAAGCCAAAUGACCUAUAAUUAACUGUGUCGGUGUGACGUUAACCACUUCCCUACCCCUCAAAAUCCACUUCAUACACUCAUACAAGAACAGCAUAACGUACCAGACAGCUAUGGCUUUCCAUAUUGAAAAACGACAAUUGUACGAUAUGGCAAUUAUUAUAACUAAUAAUAUUUCAUGCUGUCACACUUCAAUAUCAUUGCCGCUUUUGCCAUUUUCAUUAUUUUGUUACUGUUUAUGUUGUUGGAGUUGCCAGAUGCCCUUAAAGGAAUAUCAAUAAACUUGAAACUUAGUAUACAGUACACUUAAUGAUACCCCACUUUCCUUUUUUAACAUGAAUGCUGCAUAUAUAUAUACUUUAGCAAAAAUAGCGUUAUUAAAUCAGGCUACGGUGUAAAUUUGUAUUGACCAACAAAACACUUUUAUUUUUAAACUUACACACUUAGAUAAAGAUGGUGAACAUUGUAUUACAUUAUCAGUAACUAGAUACCAGGAUACGAGGAUUUAAUUUUAUGCAUCCGUUUACUUAGUGUACUUUUCUGAAAAUUGAUCGGUUAUAUAUUGCAUUUGUUACGAGGAAGUAAAAUAAACAAGUGGGAAAAAUGGCUACUGGAGGAGAUGGAUCAGAGGAAACAAUCAACUUUAGAUGUUGUAUAUGUGCAAAGAAAAGUAUAACAAGAGAGGCAGAUAUAUACUGUGUGGAGUGUCAGGAUUAUUUCUGUAUACCAUGCGCAGACAUUCACAAGCUGUUUCCAUCUGCAGUUGGGGAACAUCAAUUCCUUGACAAGUCGAAUUUCAGUACAGAUAGUGCACAGACAAUGUUGCCAAGUUGCCCAACAGAAAGAUGUACCGUUCACAACACCAACCUGCUUGACAUGUAUUGUGCAGACCAUGAUGAAAUCGUAUGUGUGACUUGUAUAGCUUUAAAUCACAGAACGUGCAAAACUAUGAACUCUGUUCCUGACGAAAUAGACAGUUUAUAUGAGAAGUCAACUGCUGAUGAAAUAAAGGGACAACUACUCGCAGAGAAGGCUAAUAUGGAAGACAUAAAGAAGGCAAAAGAACAUCUUGUCAUCGAACUUGAUCAAUACAAAGAGAAAGCAGCGAAGUCAAUUAGGAAUUUCCGAAAAGAAAUGGAAGCUGUGCUAGACACACUUGAGACAGAGUCUAUCAGAAACUUGGAAGAAGUAUACAGGAAAAUGAGAGAAAACAUAGAAAACGAGAUCAAAGUUGCACAGGAGACCAUAGAUAAACUAGGACUGUCGGCUGAAAAUGUUAGCAAAUCCUUUGGAAAUAAAGCACAAGAGUUUGUCUCUGUUAAAAUGGCAAACAAACGUAUUUUUGAAACAACAAAAUCAAAAAGAGUUCUUAGAAAAGCUUUGGAUGUUAAAAUCUUAUUUACUGCCUAUUCAAAAAUUGCAGCUUUUCUGAAUGAGGUGAAAUCAUUAGGAAUGGUCUCUGCAGGGUUAAAAACUACAUUGUAUCAAGUGCAAAGCAAGUAUGAAGUAAAUAUCAGAUAUGCAAAUGAUAGGAAUUGUUAUAUCCAAGGCUCAUGUUUCACAGCGGAUAGUUUAUUACUACUAGCUGACUCAAACAACAAAAGCCUGAAACGUUUAGAUCUUUCUUCAAAAUCUGUCAAGGAUCAGCUAGUCCUGGGAGCUUCACCUCAGGCUAUCUGUCAGAGUGGUAAAGAUGAAAUUGCUGUAAACCUUCAAAACAAAUCUAUUCAAUUCGUAUCACUCGGAAACAAGAUGGCAACAACGAAACAACUAAAGCUAGAUCAUAGUUGCUGGGGUCUUGCCUACAAGGAUAGUAAACUGUUUGUCUCUGACGGCAGUACCUCUCUCUAUAUUCAUGACAUGAAUGGCUCUGUGCUACACAAAAUCACAACCGACCGGCAAGGAAAUACCAUUUUUUAUGCAAACCGACAUAUCAGUCUCAGCAGUUAUGGAGAUAGGGUAUAUGUAGCUGAUCGCAACAUAGGUGUGAUAAUCCUUGAUUUGCAGGGGAAUUAUGAAUCAACAUGUAAUGAUCCUGAUUUAGUUCCACUAGAGGGAGUUUGUACCGAUGGUAGAGGAAAUAUAUUCACUUGUGGCUGAAAACAGUCCAAUAUUUUCCAAAUGAAUGAAAAGACAAUGAAGAAGCUGGGGUUGAUUGGGAAAGUUAAAGACAGUCAGACAGUUUCUUUUGAUCCAGAGCAACAACAACUAGUUGUUACAAUGUGUAACAGAGAUACUGUAGACAUAUACGAACUAGAGUAAAUGUUUUUGUUUUUCCAAUCAUUCGACUACGGGAUUAAAGGACUGAAAACAUUACAUUCUUCUUUUCAAAUGUUAUUAAGUAUAUAUUUCUUCACACAAACGACUUGUUAGUAGAAUCAUGUCAAGUGAUAAAUGAUAUAACCAUUUCAUGCGAUCAAUUAUAUAAUAUGCUGAAUGUAUGGUCUGGUCAAUUCAGACUACAAAGUUAAUCCUUUGUUACAUAUGUCGCAUGCGUUAUCUGUUGUUGUUGUUGUUUUGUUUUUUCAUAUAAUGUCACUACGGAAGGAACUGAUACAUUCUAUUUACUUGAUGUAAACUUUGUAAUCGCAUUUCAACAAUGAAAAUAAUCUUUUACAGAAAUGUGUAUGACAUUAUUUUUAAAGCAUUUAAGAAAAUAAUAAGAAAUGUAGAAAUCGUU